AUGAAUUGUCGAGGACCUCGGCGUUGGCUAAACCUGCUGCUGUUUCUGUUACUCCUACAGCCUGUCCCAACAAGCGCCAUCGACCGACUCAGCGCUUCCAUUUUCAAAUUUAUUUACGGCCACGAAAGCAUUUGUAAGUCCGAGGCAUGGAAAUUGCAAAACUUUAGUUUUUUGGAAGAAGCUCAUCGCCGUUUUUAGUUCUCCUUUUAUUAUGUAACCUUUCGGAAAAAAUAUCGUUGAAACAUGACUCCGCUAAGCCUACAAAUUAUCGGUGAAAAUUUUUAGGGGUUGAUGUAUAUAGCUCAUAUGUAGCAGGGAUACAAACUAUGACGGAGAUCAGGUUUAGGUGUUGGAAUUAAUUUGAUUUCAGGUGGAGACCAAUUCGGAGACCUCGCCUGGAUGCCGGCACAUGAUCAUUGCGAGUUGAAUUGUGACCUCCUGACCGAGAUAUGUCAGUUGUCUUCAGAUAAAUCAAGUUUGGUGAAACAACGAUGCCUACAAUGUGAGCCCUUACAUUCUCCUUAAGACCCAACUUUAUCUCUUUCGCAUGCUUUAAAACUUUUCCCUGUCACUCACUACUUACAGUACCCCAUGACUGCACCUCCGCCCUCAGUCUCCACCUCUACAGUCUCGGUCUGACGGAUAAACGGCGGACGGAACCGAGAUUCGAUGGGAUUACAAUCUCCGGCACCACCAAUGACAAUAUGCAUUUCGGCUUUUCAACGCUAAAACCGACCACUUUGGAGCCCUUGAAGCCGAACGGCUUGAGUAUAAAACAUAUCAAGGAAGAGAGGGUUACUGUGACAUCCUCACCAGAAGCAGCCUUAAUUGAGGGCCAGUUCAAGGAGUUUCAAUCAAAUUUCAAUGAAUUUUUCGAAGGAGAGGAGACGGAGGGUGAGACUGUAAGUUUAUUUAAGUCGUCAUUUCAACAUGUAUGAACACAGAUCGAUCCACAAGUCACACUAAUGUCGCAAGAACCCGAAACAACAACUCAAAUCCAAGAAUACAAUGAUCAGGCUUAUGAUAAUAACAUCUUCAUGAGCGAUAAAAAUAUCUUCGAGCAUUCACCGGCACCGGAAAUAUCCACAACUCAAGCCUUCGAGUUCCAGGAAGGUUUGUUAUGUUAAGAGCUACGGCUUUAUUGUACUGAAUGCUUCCAGUCACGGACAGCCGUCUCGAAAUGCCUUCUUCUGUCCCAACACCACCCUCCGAAGUCCAUAUUUUCGGACCACCUUUCGUGGAGAAACAACAGUAAGAUAAUUUUUUUGGCUCUUCCACAACAGGGUUUUAAAAUUUUUAUCUUAUACUAGACAGUGAACUUGAUCAAUUUUUAUUCUUUAAAAUAUUACAUAUUUGCAGUGCCGCACCGACUUUCCCACUCGAUUCCAUCUCGGAUCUUCGACGACUACCCGCAAGUUUGGGGGAAUUUGAUAAGUAAGCAACGCAACUUUUUUAGACAAAUUUUUAUUUUCCUACAUUUUGUUCACAUUAAUUUAGAGAACGAGAAAGACAACCGUGGUCUUGGAAAGAUCUCUCGGAUCGACUGAAAAGACCUUGGUCGUUGCGUAAGUUUACAAUCAUAUCACCAUCAAUGGUUUACUUUACUAGAACCGCCCGAUAAUAAAUACUAAAUACGUUUUAGAGAAUCGGCCAGACAAAGAUUUGAGUCAUCGCUGUUGCCAAUGGGCGUUGGACGGGCUGUGUGACCGGAGUUGGCAACGAGUUCGAGUUCUCUGUCCGAAAAGUUGUGGGAAUGUCGUGUGUUCGUGUAAGUGCCCAAUCAAGUCAUCAAAUCUCUCAUUUUUUAAUAUGGUCCGACUUGACUGGACCUCAUCACUUAGAUCGACUCUUCGACGAUCCUUGCGCUUUCCAAUCUCCAAUAAUUUACACUAACCCAAUCCUUUCAGCUGCCGACGGGGCCCUUUCGUGUAACCGCGCCAUCGAUGUGGAUGUUGUUGACUGUUACGAAAAGAGGAAACAUAAUCUUCAAAGCAUUUCCAGUCGAUUCUACGAUACUCAACCAUCUUAUCACUCAUUCCAAGAGGAACCAGUCAAUCAGCUAAACAUACUGCCCGAGGAGAUGCACUUUGGAUGGACCACUACCAAGACAAACACGGUCCCACCUCAAUACUUUUCGACUGCGCCCGCCUUACACAACAGGAUGCCUCCAGUUCAACGGGCUUACGCGGUAGAAGCGGAGAUCAGAAAGUUUAAAUCAAGCAGAAAUUUUGGAUAA